AUGGACUCUUCUUGUGCUGUUGUAAAAGGACAGAGCCACAGCCCACUCUGGCUGACGACUACCGUCGGUGAUGUCGUGCAUAACCAAGCAACAAAGUAUGGAUCGAAAGACAUUGCCGUCUUCCCGUGGCAAGGUGUCCGAUUAUCAUACGCCCAACUGGCCGAACGAGGAGAACUGGUAGCCAAAGCCUUACUCAGAGCUGGGGUCAAGCCAACAGAAUGUGUUGCCGUUCUUGCUGGGAACCGAUUCGAAUAUCUUGAAGUUGUGGUUGGGGGUGCUUUGAUCGGAUGCUCGGUUCUGGUACUCCAUACCACAUACAAACCCUGGGAGCUUCAGAAUGCACUGGAGAAGACAAAAUGUCGUGUCUUAUUCCUCGCUUCCAGUAUCGGUUCUCGUUGCAUGGACGAGCACUUUGAGAUAUUGAAUACCCCAACCGCACGCUCCACUCUGGCAGGACUGGUCCGGGUCGUGCGGGUUGGCGAUGAGUCCUGCAGCGAGCCAUCGGCGUUGAAUGAGGAUUAUGAGAAUUUCCUGUCGUCGGCAGCUAUCGAGGUCGAUUCUUUAUACGAGACAGCCACUCAGUCGAUUCAUCCAUCAGAUGUGGCCAGCUUGCAGUUCACGUCCGUCCGCAGAAAUAUUCUCAACAAUGCACGCUUUGUCGGGGACAAUCUCCAACUGACGGAAGACGAUAUAAUCUGCUGUCCACCCCCACUGUUCCACUGUUUCGGACUCGUGAUGGGAUUCCUCGCAUGCCUCAUUCACGGCUGUACAAUCGUAUAUCCCACCGAUCACUUCGACGCCGGACUUGUUCUGGACUCGAUUGUGGAAGAAAAGUGCACAACGCUGUAUGGAGUGCCAACCAUGUUCAUCGCCGAGCUCGAGGCCAAUCAAGCGCGGAGCCGCAAUAUCCAGAGUUUGCGCAAGGGCUUAGCGGCAGGAUCCACUGUACCACUCUCACUGAUGACCAAGCUCAAGGAGCAAUUGGGGAUUGAGACAAUGCUGAUCGCGUACGGAAUGACCGAGACGAGUCCCGUUACCUUCAUGUCCAGCUUCGAGGAUCCCGUUGAGAUGCGAGUCGCGACUGUUGGAAAGAUCAUGCCGCAUACAGCGGCCAAGGUGAUUGAUAAGAUGGGUAGAGUAUUGGGGAGAGGGGAGAGGGGAGAGCUUUGCACAUCGGGGUAUGUCCUACAACGAGGAUAUCUCGAUGACGAGGAAAAGACGAUGGAAGUUAUGAAGAUGGAUGAAGAUGGAGUCGUCUGGAUGCAUACUGGAGAUGAGGGAAUGAUUGACGACCAGGGAUACUGCCGUAUCACCGGACGGACCAAGGACAUCAUCAUUCGGGGAGGUGAGAACAUUUUCCCCGUUGAGAUUGAAGAGCGGCUUCUGGCGCAUCCUGCCAUUGCAGAAGUCUGCGUGGUUGGGGCACCCGAUCAAAAAUAUGGCGAGGUUGUAGGCUGUUUCUUGAAGAUCUCUGAAGGUGCUAUUUGCCGGCCUGGGUUAAAGGAGAUCCAGGACUGGGUAAGACCCAGUAUGGGAUGGUCCCGUACUCCGCAGGUUGUCUUUUGGGUGGGCAAAGAUGGGAUAUGCCUUGACUUCCCCAAGACUGGCAGCGGCAAGCAUCAGAAACAUCUGUUGCGUGAGUUAGCGGCCGGUCAUGGUAAGACGCAACUUGCUGCUUGA